AUGUGGUCAUGGUGGAAGGACGUUCGGCUUCGCACCCUCGUUCUAGUCAACAUCGCCGCGAUUGUAGAGAGGGCAGACGAGGCGCUUCUUCCUGCUGUUUAUAACGAGGUGGGGCAGGCCUUUCACGCGUCCCCGCAGGCCCUGGGCACUCUCACGCUCGUGCGCGCGCUCGUGCAGGCCUUAACCUGCCCGCUCGCCCCAUGGCUGGCGCACUGGAUGGCUCGAGUGAAAGUGAUCUCAGUGGGUGCGUUCACAUGGGCCAUCGCCACUCUGGGCGUUGGGGUCGCCACAAACUAUUAUGAGGUGGCGGCAUGGAGGGGUUUGAAUGGAGUCGGGCUAGCCCUAGUCAUCCCAGCCAUCCAGUCGCUCGUCGCCGAUUCAGCCAGCAACAGCACGAGGGGCAUGGCGUUCGGCUGGCUGCAGUUCGUGACCAACUUUGGCAACAUCCUCGGCUUCACCCUCGGCAUCUCCCUCGCCUGCUACACCUUCUUUGGGCUAGCCGGCUGGCGCAUGGCUUUCAUUAUCGUGACGGUUGUCAGCCUGGGUUUGGCGGCCGUGCUGUGGCUCUUCGCACACGACCCCCCUCCCACCACAGUCAAGUCAGUCGACGCGUUGGCUGCUCUUGCCGAUGAGCCCGGCGCACAAGAGGAGCGCACUGUAGAACCGUUGCUGUCUGAAGACCACAGCCUACACUUGAAGCAACAGCAGCAGCAUCACCAGCACCAGCAGGAGCAGGUGCAGCAGCAGCAACAGUCUCAAGUCAACGAAUCAACCCCACUCCACUCCACCUCCCACCACCGCAUCUCCGCCUCCUCCCCAUCCCACUCUCCCCACUCCCAUCCCCACCCCUCCCCACUCCCUCCCACCCCCCUCUCCUCCCCUCCCUCCUCCACAUUCCUCUCAGACGUGCUCAAAGUCCUCCGAAUUCGAACCUUCCAGCUGAUCAUAGCCCAGGGGGUCGUGGGCUCAUUUCCCUGGGCAGCAGGCGCAUUCUUCCCCAUGUGGUUCGAGCUCCUCGGCUUCUCCCACGCCUCCACUGCAGUUCUCCUCUCUGUGUUCACUGUCGCGUGCAGCCUGGGGGGCCUGUUCGGCGGGUGGUUUGGGGAUGUGAUGGCUAGAAGGUGGCCGGAUGGAGGGAGGCUGGUGUGUGCGCAGAUCAGUGCUGGUUCGGCGGUGGUGCUGUCGACGGUGCUGCUGAGAGUAGUGCCGCAUUCGCCUGAUUAUUUUGGGGUGUACAUUAUGGUGUUAACCCUCAUGGGGUUUCUUAUCUCAUGGAAUGCUGCGGGCACCAACAACCCCAUAUUCGCAGAGAUUGUCCCCGAGAGACUCCGCACGGACAUAUACGCUCUCGACCGAACCUUUGAAAUGUCCAUAGCAGCCUUUGCCCCCCCCACUGUGGGCUACCUCGCCCAGGCUUGGUUCGGGUACAUUCCACCCUCGCCCAAACCUGCCGAUGCCACUGCUUUGGGCGGUGAUAGUGGGAAUGGUGUUAGCAGCAGUAGCUCGUGCAGCCGCGGCAGCAGGAGCCACGCAGAAAUGGCAGCAGAUGCGAAAAAUGCUGAGGCAUUGUCCCUGGGUUUGUUUUGGACUAUGGCGGUGCCGUUUGCAAUUUGCUGUGCGUGCUAUGGGUGGUUAUAUUGGACAUAUCCCAAGGACCGGGACCGCGUUCGGGCCGAAGCUGCGGCUGAGGCUCGGGAAGAGAGGUUAGGUGGAGUUGGGGAAGGUAGUGGGGAGGGAAGGUGCUAA